CAGUAUUGUAUCUUUUAGAGAAUCUCUUUCUUUGACAAUAUCAUUCCACGCAAAUUCUUGAUUGUUCGUCCCCCAAGCCCGAUUGGAAUCCAUAUGAAAGUCUCUUGCUCUUUGCCACCUCCUCCUGUUCUUCUUGCCAGAAAGGUGGGAGCUGAGUUUAUUGGAUUGGAGACUUUGAUUGGCUGCGCUGUCGUCACCGGCCUUGCGCUCAUGGUGAUCAUCCUCUCUACCGGGUGCUCAUCUCAACCCGACUAUCACCAUUUCCUUUGCUGCUUUGAAGCACUUUCCAAGGAAGAAUGUGCCAAUGUAUAUUGGAGCACAAAUAUUGGCGUCAGUGUGUGCCACAUUUAUAGUGAAGGAAGUGUAUCAUUCAUUCAAGGGGGUGGAGUGACAGUUCUUUGAGGAGAAUAUAGCCAAGCUUUUGCUUUACAAUUCAUCAUCAACUUUAAUAUCAUGUUUGUUGUCGCUAC